GGCAGCAGCGGCACCAACAGCUGCUUCCCCACGGGCCGAAGCAGCAGGAGCUGCUACACCCUCAUCAGCAGCAGCAGCACCAUCGUCCCCAGCAGCAGCAGAAGCAGCAGCAGCAGCAGCAGAAGCAGCAGCAGCAGCAGCAGCAGCAGCAGCAGCAGCAGCACAGAAGAACAUCCCGCUGCCUUCUGACGGCAGCAGCCAGGAAUCCCCCCAAGAGGCCUCCCUAGGUGUCCGCUCGGGGGGCCCCCCAGGGGCCCCCGCCUCCGGGGGGCCCCCAGGGGGGCCCCCCGGGGGCCCCCCGGGGGGGCCCCCAGGGGGGCCCCCCGGGGGGCCCCCCGGGGGCCCCCGCAGGGGCCCCUCCGCCAGCCCGGGGCUGCUGAGGCCCCGGUCCCCUAAAGUGCGCUCGAGGUCCACAAGUCCAAGUCCUUCUUCAAGUAGAAGAAGGCGAGACCCCAGCAGCAGCAGCAGCAGCAGCAGCAGCAGCAGCAGCAGCAGCAGCAGUAGCAGCAGCAGCAGCAGCAGCAGCGGCGCAUGCAAAAUAAACGUGGGGCCCAAGUUCCAAGCCCCGUACCUGCCCCCCUUCUUUCUUGCUGCAGACGAGGGGCCCCGGGGGCCCCCCGGGGGGCCCCCCGGGGGGGGGGCCCCCAUACUUCCUGAGGACUUUGGGGGGCCCCCCGGAGAAGAGGGGCCCCUCGAUGAGGGGCCCCAUGGGCCCCGUCUUGUGUAUUCGGCCUUGGCUUUGGGGCGCAUAGGAGCAGCUCGUGCUGCUGCUGCUGCUGCUGCUGCAGCAGCAGCAGCAGCAAGGGGCCCGGGGCCCCCCCCCGCGGGGCCCCCCCCCUACGUCAGCAACGAAGCAGAACUUACCCUUUACUUAAUGCAUGCACCAGCCUCUUGGGGGGCCCCCUCGGGGGCCCCCUGGGCCCCUCCUCGGGGGGCCCCCCGAACGGGGGCCCCCCCCCCUCUGGGGGCCCCUCUUGGGGGCCCCCUUCCUCCUCGGGGGGCCCCUCGGGGGGUGGGGGCCCCCCCUGUGAGGUGA